AUGAGGGCAGGGGCCAGGCAUCUCCUGUGGUGCAUUCUUGGCAGCCAAGGAGCAAAGCACGCGGCCCUGGCUAGCUGUGCGGAGGAGAAGGAGGCGGCGCGGCACGCCGACGAGCUGCUGGCGGAGGUCGAGGCGGAGAAGCGCGCCAAGGGCAAGAAGGGCAAGAAGAAGAAGAAGGGCGGCGGGGCGGGCGCGGUUGGGCCGUCGCAGGAGUCCGAGGCGCCGGCAGAGGGUGAUAAGGCGCCGUCGGAGGCAGACGCAGCCGAGGCCGCAAAGAAGGCCGAGGAGGAGAGAAUUAUCAAGCUUCUCGAGAAGUGUCACGAGGAGAGGAUCCGGCUCGGCAUCACGGCGGAGAGCCAGGCAGCGGCGUCGGCAGCGGUGGCCGAGGCGGUGCGCUUGGACGCUGAGGCGGACGAGGCGGAGGAGGAGGCAGAGGCGGACGAGGAGGCGGCGGCGGCGGCAGAGGCGGCUCGGGCGGCGGCGGCGCAGGCGCAGGCGGACGCCAGGGCAGCGCUGGAGAAGGCCAACGCGGCGCUCGCGGACGCGACGGCCGCUGCAGAGGCGAGCGCUGCUGUUGCGGCUGCUUCGAAGGCCAAGGCGACCGUUGCCAGGAUGGCCGCGGAUGCAGCCGAGCAGCAGCGCUCGUGA